AUGUCAUUCGCCAGCUCCUCCCGCUCAGCUUUCCGCGCAAUAGCAAACGCCUGCCCAUCAUGUUCCCGAUCGGCCCUCCCCUCGAUGCGCUCCCAAGCUGUCCCAGCAGCUCGAGCUGGUCCAUCCAAAUCCUCUCGGCACUUUGCGUCUACCACACCGCGAAAGGCUACCGCCGCAGCCGGCCCAGUCGAGUCUGAGAUGCAAAGAGCAGCUCGGCGAUCGAUGGAACUGAGUCGGGAGAGGAUGUAUGCAGAGCGGGCUCAAAGGAGUCGGACGAUCAUGAUGUACUCUGCGGGCUCACUCUUCCUCGCUCUCGGCGUAACAUACGCCGCCGUCCCAGCCUAUCGCGCCUUCUGCUCCGCCACAGGCUUCUCCGGCGUCCCCAUCACAGAUCCAGCCCGCUUCUCUCCCGACCGGCUGUACACGAACGAAGAAGCGCAAGGCCGCAAACGUAUCACAGUACAUUUUGAGGCGACGGCGAGCGAUACUCUGCCAUGGACGUUUUCGCCUCAGCAGCGGAGUGUGCGGGUCUUACCGGGCGAGACGGCGCUGGCGUUCUAUACGGCUAAGAAUCUGGGGAAGGAGGAUUUGAUUGGGAUUGCGACGUAUAACAUGACGCCGGAGAAGAUCGCUCCCUACUUUGCCAAAGUCGAAUGUUUCUGCUUUGAAGAACAAAAGAUUCGAGCAGGCGAAGAAGUCGACCUGCCUGUCUUCUUCUUUAUCGACCGAGACAUCAUGGACGAGCCCCAGAUGGACUGUAUCGACGAUGUCGUCCUGAGCUAUACAUUCUUCCGGGCGAGACGGAACGACAAAGGCCAUGCGGUACCCGAUGCGAGCGACGAGGUCGUGCUCCGGAGUCAGGGGUUUGAGAAUUAUGAGCACGCAAAGCCGAUCGCUGCUUCUGCAUAG